AUGGUCGAGACUGAGAAAUUCCAUGGAGCACUUCCCGGUAGGCUCGCACCGAUAGAUUCAGAUGCAGCGUCACUUUCCCCAUCACCUUCCACACAUUCAAGGCCUUCAAGUCGAGCCGCAGAAGAAGAACGUCUGGUGGACGACAUCAAGCAUCAAGUCGUCCUCAACCAUCUCUACCAACACCAAUGUAGCUCUCUCUGGAUCCGCGAUUAUAAUGAUAACAUUGAAGGAGCUAUGGUAAGGAGGAAAAAGAACGACUACCUAUUCAAACCUCAAGCGCUGGAAACUUCGGCUUUUGCGAGAGCAAUGACGGCGUUGAACGUUCAAGCAGCAAUGACCGUAUCAUCUGGUGUCAUUGAACCCUUCCUAAACUGGAACCUUGAUGCCGCCGAUGUACCUUUACUCAACGGACUUCGCAUCCAAAUCGUUCCAACGUUCGAAGAUUUGUAUCGAGCCAGACGCCAUCAAUAUGCAGCUUUCAUUGCCGCAGAGGCUCUUCUAGUAGUGUGGGAUGAUGAACCUACUCACCUACUGCAACGAGCAAGAACCAUUGAAGCUGGAUUGUUGGACUUCGUCUGGAAGGCUGCAAAUGAUAAUGACGAUCAAACAGAAAAAGGUGUCCCUGGCUCAAAUUCAUCUGAAUUUGAGCUUGAUGAGGAAACUGGUUUGAUGGGGAGCAAGGAUCGCCCGAUAUUAUUGUACAACUGCUUCUUGGUUGCGUGCAGUUUGUGCCUGUUGACAGUUUUGAUCGGUCUGGGUUAUGUAAAGAUUGCAGACGAGCUUGCGGAACUGCACAAGUGGACAUCUCUGGUCUUCAUAAUCAUGACGCCCGUCAAUGCAUUCCUCACGUUGUUCUUCUCCUCAGUCAUCAUCUCCGCCAUUGCCCAAAUCAUCGGCCCCAUCCAACACCUCACCAAAAACUCAAAAUACUUCUCCGCUGUCCCGCCGCCCCGGCUCUCGGCCGACAAUCCCCCACACAUCACCAUUCAAUGCCCCGUCUACAAAGAAGGACUUGACUCCGUGAUCGCACCCACAGUCCGGUCGAUCAAAAAGGCCAUCUCCACCUACGAGCUGCAAGGCGGCACAGCAAACAUCUUCAUCAACGACGACGGCCUGCAACUUAUCUCCGCUGAGGACCGCCAAGCACGCACCGAGUUCUACGCCGACCAUAACAUCGGCUGGACCGCUCGUCCAGGACACAACGUCGAUGGUUUCCAGCGCAAAGGAAAGUUCAAGAAAGCUUCCAACAUGAACUACGGUAUGAGGAUCUCGAAUGAGGUCGAAGAGGCACUGCAGCUGGUCGAUCGUCCUGCCGACUGGACGCAAGCAGAUGAAGGAUACGCUUACGAACGAUGCCUCAAAGCUGUUCUCGCGAAAGACGGUCGUGCGUGGGCUGACGGGAACAUUCGGAUCGGUGACUACAUUCUCAUUAUUGACUCCGAUACCCGUGUUCCCGAAGACUGUCUCCUCGAUGCGGCGUCGGAGAUGGAGCUUUCCCCAAGAGUGGCGAUCAUCCAGUUCAGCAGCGGUGUGAUGCAAGUAGCGCACAAUUACUUCGAGAACGGGAUUACCUUCUUCACGAACUUGAUUUACACCGCUAUCCGUUUCGGUGUUGCGUCCGGCGAUGUGGCGCCUUUCGUCGGCCACAAUGCGAUUUUACGCUGGAGUGCGAUCCAAGAAGUCUCGUUCAAGGAAGAUGGCGUUGAGAAAUACUGGAGCGAGUCUCACGUAUCCGAAGAUUUCGACAUGGCGCUACGACUCCAGGUCUGGGGCUAUGUCGUACGGAUGGCGGCUUGGGCCGGUGAUGGGUUCAAAGAAGGAGUGUCUCUCACGGUUUACGACGAGCUUACGAGAUGGGAGAAAUACGCUUAUGGGUGCAACGAACUCGUGUUUCAUCCUGUCAAGUACUGGCUGACGAAAGGUCCAAUCACUCCUCUGUUUCGACGGUUCCUGGUCUCGGGGAUGCCAAUUGGGAGUAAGAUCAACAUCAUCUCGUAUAUCGGGACGUACUAUGCAAUCGGAGCAGCCUGGAUCAUGACGCUGUCGAAUUACAUUGCCGUUGGGCUGUAUAACGGCUUCCUCGACAAGUGGUAUGUGGAGAGUUGGCAGAUAUGGAUAAGUAUCAUUAUGGUCUUCACCGUUGCCGGCAAUGUCUCGCUGGCAAUCCAACGACACAGGACGAGCGAGAAGAACUUCGUCUAUUCCCUGAUCGAAAACUUCAAAUGGUGCCUUAUGUUCGUCGUCUUCUUCGGCGGCAUGUCCCUUCACAUUUCCCAAGCGCUCCUCUGCCACAUGUUCAGCAUCGACAUGUCGUGGGGCGCCACGGCCAAGGAAGUCGAGUUCUCCAACUUCUUCAUCGAGAUCCCAAAGGUCGCGAAGACCUUCAAGUACACCAUUUCGCUGAGCUUUUUGACGAUUGCCGCGAUGGUGAUUAUGGCGAAAGCGGGGUUCAUCCCGUGGAGUUGGAAUAUUGAUCAGUUUGUGGCAAUCUUUCCGCUAGCUAUGCUGUGUGGGUGUCAUUUGAUGUUGCCGGUGGCGCUGAAUCCGGGGUUGAUGACUUUCUCGUGGUAGACAGGGGGAGGAGGGGGAGGGUUCUUUACUGUCGUUACAUUGAGAGGAUGGUCUUUAUGAGGGCGUUUGAAGGGAGGAGGGUAGAUGGUUUAGAUAGAUACCGCAAGUAGAG